UUUUUGCAAUUCCAGCCAUCGACAAUUGAGCCAAUAUCAAAGCACGGUGUAAGAAUUCCUCUAUUCAAUCUGUGUCUUCUCACAUAAUCGUCAUGGCGGCCUUGAUCACUGCAAAGAGGUCGAUCGCUCUCUCCAAAGCCUUCCAGAAUCUUCUAUCAUCGCCGGCGCGUCCGCUAGCUGCCUCAGGCCGCGUUAUCGCGCGUUCGUUCAACACAAAUGCCCAAAUCCGUGAGCCAGAGGACGAUCGCGACCUCGAAAUUGACCGUCGCCCCGGCGAAGAUGCCGUUUACCGCCGCCGCGCCGACGGUUUCCCAGCCCAACUCUCUGAUGUGAUGGAUCCAUUCGUUCCGCGGACGGUGAGCCAGCUGCUAAACAUGAUGGACUCGAUGUUUGACAGGCCGUUCACGUCAGCGGCUAGAGGCACCGGCGGUCUACGGCGGGGAUGGGACGCAAGGGAGGAUAAUGACGCGUUAUGCCUACGUAUGGAUAUGCCGGGGCUGGGGAAGGAGAACGUGAAGGUAAGUGCGGAGCAGGGGACGCUUUUUAUUAACGGAGAAGGAGAGGCGGAAGCAGGGGAUGAGGAGAGCCACCGGAGGUACAGUACCAGGAUAGAUCUGGCACCGGAGCUCUACAAGUUGGACGCUAUUAGGGCGGAGAUGAAGAAUGGCGUGCUGAAGGUUAUUGUGCCCAAAGUGAAGCAGGAGGAGAGGAAGGAUGUUUUCCAUGUCAAUAUCGAUUAGGGUUUCUGAUGGCUGUAAGGGUUUAGGGUUUUUCUGUCCUGUUUGCCUUGCCCUGGUUUAGUUAUCGAUGUUGUUAAAUCAAGUAAAGUUCGUGUUUUAAGUAUAUGAGUUAUCUAAAAAAAAAGUAUAUGAGUUGAUCUAAAUGAACUUGGGUAAGAUGAUUUCGUUUUUGUUUGUUUUU